AUGCUAUCUUUAACCUCCCAAUUCUUAGUAUUUAGGCAUUCUGUCCCCAUAAGACAUUUUGCAAACAUCAUUUCUUUACGGCAAGCAAACAAAGCCAUCCAAAGAAGCAAUGAUCAAGUGAUAAUAAAUCCUUACACAUUAGAAGGCUCAAACCCAAUUUUAAAGGAAUCGCCACAAAUUUUAGGCGUCAAAGAGAUACCAAGAUCAAAUGAACAAAUUAAUCAAUUAACAUGGUUUCAAAGAUUGAGAAAUGUAUUUGAUAAAGAAAAAAAUAAGAAAGUUAGAGAAAAGUUAAUAAAAGAAUAUAAUACACCAUACUGGAAAGAUUUAACUGAAUUAAGAAAACAUGGAGAAAAGUUAUGGGAAGCUAAUCCUGAGUUAGUCAAUACUGAGAAAGCACUAUACAUGCCUAAUAUAAAGGCGUGUUCCUUAUCUAAUCCAAAAAUCGACACAACAGAUCUACUCCAAAAUCAAACUUCUUUAGUCGUCAUAAGCUUCAAUCAAUAUGGAGAAGAUCAUGUAAAAACAUUCAUUGAAACAUUUUACAAAAAUUUCUCUAAUCACGCAAAGAUACAAUUUAUGAAGGUGACUAUUGAGCCGAAUUUUGCAAAGACUUUCAUUAUAAAAUUAUUCGUGAUUCCAUCUUUAAGGAGAAAUAUUCCAAAAUCACUUCAUAAAAAUUAUAUUUUUACUUUCAAUAAGGAUCCAAUCUUGUUUGAAGCAUUGGGAAUGAAUAAUUUAUAUAGGGGAUACACGUUCUUGGUUGAUUCAAAUUGUAAAAUAAGAUGGUCUGCUCAUGGAAAGGCGACAUCAAACGAAUUAGAAACCAUGUUAAGAUUGACUGAAUUUUUAGACAAUCAGAAUCAUUCUAAUGUUAGAUAA